CACAUGAAUAACACCCCUGUUUGCUAUACAAGCAGCCUAUCAACUACCCAAAUAGGAAAAUACAUCAAUCCCUUUUUCAGUAAGCCCAAAAAUCAAUACCAUAUACCAACGCAAACCAUACAAGCAUGGCUAAGUCAACAAACUCACCCACAACAUCCAUCGCAUCAACGUCCCCAAGCACCACAACCAAAGCACAACGUAACAUCAACUCCAACCCAAACUAAAUCACACCCUCCACCCCCUCUCCCUUCAAUAAUCCCAAUUACCAAAUCCAGUCAUGAGGCGAAGCGUCUCUCCCUCCUUGUUCGUGGUACGCACCACGCCCAAAGUGAUUGGUCGAGUUUCACGCAUGGGGGUACCGAGAACCGAGAGAAAAAAAAUCUCACAUCAGCUGCGUUUUGCAGGGAAUGCUGCUAGCACUGCACAAAACAGGUAAAGGAAGAAUUCAAGGGAAGCCAGCCAAAGGGAAACCCAGUAUGCAAAAUUCAAACAGGCCAUGCAACCAUAGACAGGGGAAGAAGUCUCAAAGCCUCAAGUGCACGCCACACACACACACAAAAGAGAAAACAAAACCAACAUGUAGAUCAAGUAUGUGAUCUUAUUAAGAUAAAGUAGUAGUAAAACAGGGUAGCUAAAAAGGAACUGUGAAGAAUGACAAAAGUCGUUUCGCAUCCUUAAAGCGCGAAGGGAAUAGAGUUUUUUU